AGCGCGGCGUGGGGGGUGCGGCCGGGGCCGGGGCCGGGGCCCUGCCCGGGCCCGGCGGCGGGGCGGAGGGGCGAUUUGCGGGGCGAGGCUGCAGCGGGGCUGCCGGUGCGGGGCGCGCCAUUGUUGGGGGAGGGGGCGGCGGCGGACUGCGGGGCUCAGCGCGGCCGGCCGCGGCGGCGGCGCGGCGGGGCGGCGGGGAGUCGCCGCGCUCCAUGGGGAACACGUUGUCCUGCUGCGUGUCCCCCAAUGCCAGCCCCAAGCUGGGCCGGCGCGGGGGGUCCGCGGAGCCGGACUGCGAGUCUGAGCUGUACGAGGCGGUGACCGGGAGCGCGGGAACGCGGGAGCCGGCCGCGGCGGGGUCGGAGCCGGCGGCCGCGGCGGCCGGGGACGCGGUGGCCGCGGCGCCAGACACGGCGACGGUGGAGCCCGCGGAGCUGGACUUCGGGGCGGGCGAGGGCCACCACCUGCAGCACAUCAGCGACCGGGAGAUGCCCGAAGACUUAGCUUUGGAAUCAAAUCCUUCUGACCACCCAAGGGCAAGCACAAUUUUCCUGAGUAAAUCUCAAACAGACGUGCGAGAAAAACGGAAAAGCAACCAUUUAAACCAUGUAUCUCCAGGGCAGCUUACUAAAAAGUAUAGCUCAUGCUCAACAAUAUUUCUAGAUGACAGCACAGUCAGCCAGCCUAAUCUUAGAACCACACUGAAAUGUGUGACCUUAGCAAUAUAUUACCACAUAAAGAACAGAGAUGCAAAUAGAUCCUUGGAUAUUUUUGAUGAGAGAUCACAUCCACUCACACAGGAAAAGGUCCCAGAGGAAUACUUUAAACAUGAUCCUGAACACAAGUUUAUUUACAGAUUUGUUCGUACUCUCUUUAGUGCUGCACAACUGACAGCUGAGUGUGCAAUAGUAACUUUGGUUUACUUAGAAAGGCUCUUAACUUACGCCGAGAUCGACAUUUGUCCCACUAACUGGAAAAGGAUUGUUCUGGGAGCCAUUCUUCUUGCCUCCAAAGUCUGGGAUGAUCAGGCCGUAUGGAAUGUGGACUACUGCCAGAUCCUCAAGGACAUUACAGUUGAAGACAUGAAUGAGAUGGAAAGGCAUUUUUUGGAGCUGCUUCAGUUUAAUAUCAAUGUUCCUGCCAGUGUUUAUGCCAAAUACUACUUUGACCUUCGUUCCUUAGGAGAUGACAACAACCUGAAUUUUCUGUUUGCUCCUCUUAGCAAAGAAAGAGCACAGAAUCUAGAGGCCAUUUCAAGACUGUGUGAAAACAAAGACUUGUGUAGAGCUGCUAUGAGAAGAUCUUCCAGUGCUGAUAAUUUCAUUGGUAUUCAGCGUUCUAAUGCGAUCCUCUCUUAAGGGGGAAACAUGAGGUGGCAUAACAUCAUGAACCUUUCAUCUACAAGACUGGAGAAUAUCACCUCUCUUACUUAAAAAACCAGCAAGUUAGUACUGGCAUGUGAGAGACAUCAGAUUCAAAACACCUAAUGCCAUUCUCUCUUCUGGGAGAAACGGGUUAUAGUAUCGCGAACCUCUCAGCUACAAGGAUUAUAAAAUGGCACCUCUUCUGCUCAAAAACCAGCAAAGUUAGUAUUUCCACCUAAAGAAAUUGGACUCAAAAGAGACUCAUGGACAGCCCAUCAAGGAUUAUCCUUACUGGAAAGAUUGGGACCUACUAAAGUGACACUCUGCUAUCCGUUUUCUAAUGUAAAUAGUUAUAAAAGCCCCCUUCCAAAGCAAAAGCUCCUAAUCCACACACAGACACUUGCUUACUAUGUAGGCAGAUAGCUGUGAAACUAUAUGAAUUUUUUAAUAAAUAGUUUAAAAUUUUAGAUUACUGUAAAGACAAUAACUAUAUAACUUUUAUGUUUUUCCUAUUUUCACCCCCACCCCCCUUCCAUUGCUGCAUAUGCCUUUAGAGUCAGUGAAGUGUUAUAUCAAAACAUGGGGCUCUUUAAGUCACUUAAGACCAGACUUAAUUGUUGAGUAUUGACACCUUCUUCUACCAUAUUACAGAACCAGCCAGACAAUACUGGCAAUUAAUUGAAACCAAAAAAAUAUAUAUGUAUAUAUAUAUAUAUUUUUAAUUGAAUAUAUAUUAUUCAAUAUAUAUAUUGAAUAAUCUUCAAAUUCUUUGCAAUCACCACUAGUAUUUGGGAUCAUAAGCAGAAAAUAUUAGUUAAUCUACUUUUGGGCAUCCAUCAGGUUUUUUGCUUAAAUUUUUAGAUUUUAAUGAAAAUGAUUUUUAUUCCAUGUUCUGUAUAUGCCUUUAGAAUCAGUGCAGUAUUAUCAAAACAUGGGACUCUGAAACAUCUUGUAAUGCCAGUAAGAAACAGACUAGCAUUGUUAGGUACUAAAGGAUGCUUUUUGCCUACUAUAUUAUUGAAGCUUCUGGUCAUUGUUUUCAGUCUGUAGUUUUUCAAUACUUGAUUUCUGCUUGACUUGCUUUAUUGAAGCAUAGAGCAUCUAGGACAUUGAAUUAUAUAAUUUAACAUAACUUUUUUCUUUCAUUGCUAUGAAAGAAUCACCUGACUGGGGUGAUUGUUAAGUCUAAAACAGCGAUUUUUCUCAGAAAUGGCAAGGAUGAUUAUCCUAAGGGGCUGAAGAGUAGAUAUUUCAGCUCUGUGGAACACAUGGUCUCCAUUGCAGUUACUAAACUCUGCCAUUGUAGCACGAUAUCAACACAGACAAUAUUGUGUCAGUGGUUCUAUUGUGUUUCCAUAGGUUUCUACUUACAAUACAGGCUGAAUUUGGCCCAUAGGUGCCAGCUUCUGAACUCUACAUUAGUAUUUCUCUUACUGCAAUGUUCUUUUCUAAAACUUUAUGGGAAGUUGUAUAUAUAACUUUUAUUAUCCCAUGGAAUAGUUGUACGUAUGUGUACUGCUGACAUCUCUCCAGGUUUUUUAUUGGUUUGUGAUCCUCCGGCCCAUGCUUCUUUCCUGGUUUGUGGUUCUCUGAAUUACUCUUUUUCUCCAGGGUAGCCGUGAUUGGUUCAAUGCUGGCAGUCAAUUUAAGCCAAAAACCUGCUGAAUAACACUUGCCAUUUCGAAUUUUUUGCAAACACUACUUACUAGCAUGUGUGGGAUCAUAAAGUUUCAGUUAUUACCUACUGCUGUCGGGUCCUGCCGUUGUAUUGAGAACUAUUAUGGUGCUUCUCAUUUUCUGAUUUUCCUUUCUCAAGUUUGUACUGAGGAAUUCAGGCACCCUUUAGAAUCAGAAUAUGAGCUGAGAAUCUCAGGCAGGAAAGAAAAUGAAAGAAUAGGAAUUCAAACUGUGAUUGCAGUAUAUAGGAUAAUUAUUUUUUAAGGAUAUGAGUUUCAUGUGUUCAUUAAUACAGUGGUCUUGACUUUCUAAGAAAUAAAAGUUUUUGUUUUUUUUUAACAUCUGAGGACCCCCUACUAUAUACAUGUAUACUCAGAACAGGGUGACUUUGAAAUGCUGCUUCCAGACUUAAUAAUACAAUUAAAAGUAAACUAAAUUGCUGUAAGAUUUCCUUAAAACUGAGACUCUAACCACUUAGCUUGAAGAAUACUCAUUAAAUCCUGAUAGUAUUGAUAGAUUUUCAUCUACUUUAUUCCACAUCUUAUAAAUCAUUGAAAGAUAUUUUCCUAGUAGCACUAUCUAUAGGUAUUCCCAGAAGUCUUACUGCAUAAUAGUGUUUUUUAAAAAACUGAGUCAUAUGUAUAUGUGUUCAGACCCUCUGGGACAUUGCUACAGAAGUGUAAAUGCCAGAAACUUAGAAGACAUUAUUGAAAAGGUUAAAUGUCUCUUAGUUUGAGAGAAGUUUCAUAUAUUUCAGCCAGCACCUGCCAUCUUUAAAAGGAACUUCUACAAGUAUCAAAGCUUAAAGUUGCAUUAAGACUUUAGGAAUGCCUUGUGUUUUCCUGUAAGUGCCCUCUUGUUAAAAUAGUUAUGUUUCCCGGCUUGAUUGGCUACAUUUCUUUUUCCUAGACGUGGUGAAGGAAGAUUCUGAAUAAUAGCAGUGCUUGUUUCUAUAUAAUUAAGAAGAAUUGGACGUUAGUAGUGAUAUGAAAGUAUGAAAAGUUUCUCUCCUGCAUGUGAAGUUGGCCAUAGAUGAACCAUUUCAAGUCCUGCUAUUUAAGAGGAAGCAUAUAAACAAUAGAGGAACCGUUCUUACCUACUGCUGUAAAGGACAGGUAGUUAUGUAACUAGUCUUUUAGGAGAUGGGGAACAGUGUCACCUAAACUUGAAGUAUUUUUUGAGAAUCAGUGGAAAGAACUAAGCUUUUUAAUCAAAAAAGAUCAGUGUUUACAAGAGAAUUUUGCAUGCAAACAAAGCUAUUCUGGGCCAGGGACACUUCAACAUAGCAAUCUUCAUUUAUAUUGAAUGCUGCAGGUUCCAUCAUUUUUAAAGGACAAAUGAUAACGGUAUAUAAAAUAUUACAAUCUACCACCUCAAAAAACAUAGUUUAUGGAGUUUGUAGAUUAGAAAUUAUUCAAGUAUUGAUUGCAGUUUUGCUUUGAAAUUAAUGCUACAACUUAUAUGGUUUUUCUUUCUCAUGUUUAUAUUAAAAGAAAAGCUAAUAAAUUCUAUUUUAAUUACAA